UGAGGUUCGAUUUGAUUGUAGAUUGUGAUCUUUAUUAAAUGUAUCGAUAAAUUGUUGAUCAAGAAGUGAAUGUGCAUGAUCGGGUUGUAAUGGAGUAACAUAACCCGCUGGAAACCAACCAGUGAUCCUUUUAGCAAGCAACAUCAUCAUUGUCAAUAAUUGAAGACAUAAUUGGAGAUAAACAUUACACUUUCUAUUAGAAAAAAAAGAGAAACAUCAACCAAACCUUUAAUCUUUAAAUGUUUUGGUUUAAAGAUCUCCGAAUGAGUCAUUUGAAACCCACACCAGUUUCCAUGGAAACGACCAGAGGCGCGAUUUUCGUUCCAUUCAAAACUUUUCCCUUCGAACAUUUUUUUUGCUCUUUUGCACUGAUGGACAUUAGAUUGAAACAAUUGAAACAUCGAACAUGUGAUUUAUUUACAUUUCCAAGUAAUUAGAUGGUCGAUUGUUUGUUUUAAACGAAAAUUAAGUUUGUAACGGUAAAUCUGAAUGCUCCGUUCCAAACGAAAUUUCCUCAAAUCUUUGGGCCCAAUUUUGUAUUUCUAUUUAUGAUAAAGUCUAUUGAAUCAAUUCUUACUUAAAAUCGGCGCUUUGAUGACCAUUUACAAAGAUUUUCAUCAUUUCUAGUCAUCAAUUCAUUCAAAUGUUUAUAAUCCAAAUGAAAGGUAACAUAGAAUUUGUUUUCGAAAUGUCUUUGUGCUAUUUUAUCGUUACAAUAUUAUUUUUCAGCUCAUCUUAUGGACAAGAAGCUCCAAAGGUCACUCCAUUUUCAUCCUUAGUCAAGCCAGUGGUUGGAGGUAAAACUUCAUUCACUUGUCAAAGUCUCUAUGGUUCACCACCACUCCAAGUGAAUUGGUAUAAAGAUGGAAAAGAAAUUGGAGAUUCUUCAUUUGUCCGAAUUAAAUCACAUGAAGAUCCAUCAGUACUAAUAAUCGAAUCAGUUAAAUCAACUCAUUCUGGAAACUACACUUGUAAAAUAUCCAAUAGAUUUGGACAUGAUUCUUACUCUACUGAACUCAUUGUUGAAGGAUCACCUAAUUGGAUUGAGAAACCUACAGAUAUAAAAUCUAAUUACGGCGAAACGAUCAAAAUUAAUUGUCUUGUCUCCGGUUACCCUAAACCCAAAGUUCAAUGGAGGAGAUUCAAAGAUUCAUCCUGGUUUAAUCUUCCAUCAGAUUAUAUUUCUGAAUAUAAUAUUAAACAAUUAGGCGAUGAUUUGAUCAUCUCAAAUGUCAAUCGUGAUCUAAAUGGUCGAUUUGGUUGUUCAAUUUCGAAUGGGAUAAAACCUGAUCUUUGGGCUGAAUUUGAUGUUUCUAUUCAGGUUCCUGCUGAAUUCAAGGAGAAAAAUGUUGCAGUUUCGGCGAAAAAGGGAAAUCUCUUGGAAUUAACUUGUUCAGCCGAUGGAGAUCAACCAGUGACAAUCAAAUGGUUCAAAGAUUCAACUCCAAUUGAUAAAGUCGAUCCCUCGAGAUAUUCAAUCACCGAUGCUCCAAAUAAAGAAGGAACUAAAAGUAUCAUGACCGUUUCAUCAGCUGAUGUGAAAGAUGAUGGACUUUACCAUUGUUUUGCUGAAAAUUCGUUUGGAAAAGAUGAGAGGAAAAUUCGAGUAACCAUAAUUGAACCUCCACCUGCACCUACGAAUUUCGCUGUUCAACAAGUUUGGUCUCGAACUGUCAGUGUCUCUUGGUCCAGGCCACCAGAAAGCAAAACAUCAAUUCUCAGCUAUUUGAUUAGAUAUUGGAAAGUUUCAUCAACCGGUGUUAACGAUCGUCUCAAUGAAGUCAACAUUUCAUCUUCGUUAACUCUUUACUUUAUCAAAGACUUGGAACCAGGAAGUAGUUAUGAAUCAACUAUAAUUGCGAUCAACGAAGUUGGCCUUGGAGUACCAUCGGCUAAGAUUUCAUUCUCUACUGGAGAAGAGGAACCCACAGGUGCACCCGUUGAUCUCGUCGUUGUCUCAAGAGGCCCGACAACGGCUCGAUUAGCUUGGAGAUCACCACCGAAAAACACUUGGAAUGGAAAAUUGAUCGGAUUUUAUGUUGGUUAUCGACUUUUCGAUGAUUACAAGACACCACAUUCAUUCCGAACGGUUUAUGUGGGCGAAUCUAAUUCUUCCCAUCAUGAAUUCUUUCUCACAUCUCUGCUCAAAGGAACCAAAUAUUCAAUCAUUGUGAAAUCCUACAAUUCUGCUGGAACUGGACCAGAAAGUCAAGAAGUUACCGUUGAAACUUUAGCUGGCGAUGUUCCAUCAUCACCUCGAUUAUUCGUUUCAACGGCUACAAUUGACUCGAUCACCUUAGGCUACUCAUUACCCUCUAACGCUGCAAACAAGCAAAUUCAAAAUCUCGAUUUACACUUUAAAGAAGGAGAUGAUUCUUCUUGGCGGGAAAUGGAUUUUUUCGUUGACAGUAAAGAGAUUGGUGAAUAUACCUUAUCUGCUCUAAAUCCUGAUACUGUUUACACCGUUUACCUGACGGCAUCAAAUGAGAAUGGUGUUUCAGAUCCUAGUCCAAUAAUUAAGACAAGAACAAGUCGAUCACAGCGCGACAAUUUUGCUAAUUUUGGUUCAAUUUUUGAUCCAGCUGGAAAUGGACAGUUUGGUGAUUAUCGAGAUUUUGUCUCUAUCUUAUCAAUCAUCAUCGCCGUUGCAAUUAUCAUUAUCGUAAUAGUUUUCGCCUUCGUUUAUGUUAGAAAAGCUCAAUUAGAGGCGGAAACAAAGCCAAACUUUGAAUUUGCUUUAGCCUCUCAAACGGGUACUCUUGCUUUGAACAAAUCGAUUCCCAAUUUUGGAACAGAAAGACGAUUCCAUGAUUCAGACAAUACGAAACCCUUGAUGCAUGGAACUAUGACCUUGGAUCAUGGUAAUCAAUACCCCGUCUCGUAUUCAAAUCUACCUACAGAGAGUAGACAUUCAAAGUUGGUCGAUCCAUCACACAUUUACGAUUUUCCUCGAUAAUCAAAACAUUACAAGCUGAAAUUAUCAACUGAUUCCAUUUAAUUACAAUUACAAUCAACAAUAAUUGUAAUCGAUUUGCUUUCGUCUUUGCAUUAGUAUAAUCAUCAUAACCUAUUGCGAUUUCAUUAAGUCGGUUUCUUAUAUUUCAUCGAUAGAUUUUCACAAUUAUUAUUAAGGUUAAUACUUAUCAACACAACACAACUAUUAGAUUGAAUUUCAUUUUAAUUGAAUUAAUAUUACUAUAUACGCAUUAAUUAACAAUUAACUGUUGAUAUCUAAUCAAUAACUUACAUUCAAUUUUCACCAAUUUGUCAACUUUUUAAUUCUUUCAUUUACUCAAUUUGCAUUCUAUUGAUUGGUAUUAUUUAAUUAAAAAGAUCUCUGU